AUGGAAUUUCUGAUGGAAAAUCUGCCGGACUUUCUGGAAGAAGUACCAUUAAUAAAUAGAAAUAAAAUUGUAUUUCAACAGGACGCAAUUUCCCGGACGUUGGAUGGGCCGGUAUGGCCCGAUACGGUGGCCUGCAAGAUCUCCAGAUCUCAAUCCACUGGACUUUUUCUUGUGGGGCUACUGCAAGGAAGUCAUUUACAGGCAGCUCCCGAGACCAUCGAAGAAUUAAAUGACAAACUUCACCAUGCCAUUUUCUCAAUCGAGGACGAAGUCCUGGAGAAAACGCAAGAAAAUUUAUUGAGACGCAUGAGAGCGUGCAUCACAAUGGACGGCAGACACUUCGAACACUUGCUGAAAUCAGAGGAACAUGGAAAUGCAGAUGGUUUCUCACGUCUCCCCAUACAAGAAAAACGGACUGGUGAAUAUGAUACUGUAGACAUUUUCCAGAUUGAAAAUUUAGAGACAUUGCCCGUGACGGCAAGAAAUAUUAAAGAAGAAAUUGAAAAAGAUUCAAGUUUAUUAAAGGUUCAACAAGCUUUAGAAACAGGCAAAAGUCUUGUUCCGAAAAUUAAGCAUCAUUGGGAAGCGGCGUCCCAACCGUUUGAACGAAUCCACAUCGACUUUGCAGGGCCAUUUCUAGGAUACAUUUUUCUGAUAUUAGUAGAUGCAUAUACUAAAUGGCCAGAAGUACACAUAGUGAAAAAUAUGUCAACACCGAAUACUAUAGAUAAAUGUAGAGAAAUAUUUACUGUUUUUGGAUUACCUCAAACCUUAGUAUCGGAUAAUGGUCGAACUUUCAUAGCAGAAGAAUUUUCAGAUUUUUUAAAGAACAAUGGUAUUCGCCAUAGGCGUACAGCGCCAUACCACCCAGCUACAAAUGGCCUGGCAGAACGGUUCGUUCAAACCAUGAAACAAAGCUUACGUAAAUUAAACACCACAACCUCGAACAUCAAGGCCAAUCUACAAAAAUUCUUAUUUCAUUAUCGGUUAAUGCCACAUCCGGAAUUGAAUAAAUCUCCCGCCGAAGCUAUGUUUGGAAGGAAGUUAAGAAGUAGAUUGGACUUAAUGUUCCCCGAAACAAAUAAAAGUAACAAUAUAGAAAAUCAAUUGGAUAAAGUUAGGAAGUUUGAAAGAGGUGAAAGAGUGGCGGCGCGAGAGUACCUAGAUAAAAAUGUGAAGUGGCGUUUUGGAAAUGUAGUUUCAAAAUUAGGAACGAAAAGAUAUUUGGAAUGA